AUGGCUUCGACUCCCCACAAGACAUUCUCUGGCAAGGUCAUCGCCAUCACCGGUGCUGCCAGUGGCAUCGGUCGCGCCGUUACAGUCUACCUGGCAAACCGGGGGGCAACUCUAGCCAUCUCUGACAUUCAGAGCAACGCCUUGGCUCAGGUCGUCGAAGAAGUUUCCAAAUCCAACCCCGGAAUUAAGAUCAAGGCUACAGUUGUUGACGUCACUAAAUCCGACCAGGUUCAGACUUGGAUUUCAAGGACAGCUCAGAAAUUUGGACCUCUCGACGGCGCAGCUAAUAUUGCCGGAAUCGCCGGCAUUACAAAGGAGAGUUUUUGCUUACAAACUGAUGCGGACUGGAAGUCCGUUCUAGAUGUCAACUUGCUGGGGACAAUGUAUUCUCUCCGGGAAGAGCUGAAGCAUCUCAAGGAUGGCGGGUCCAUUGUCAAUACUUCAAGCGUUCUUGGCCUACGAAGCUCGCCUUUUCCAGGAGAAGCCGCAUAUGUUGCGAGCAAACAUGCUGUGCUGGGGUUGACGCGAAACACGGCGAGGGAGUAUGGACAUAGGAACAUCCGCAUCAACUGUGUUAACCCAGGGGCGAUUGACACCCCGAUGAUGCAGCAAGAGCCAGGACAGGAGGAGAUGGAUAUGUCCGCCAUCAAUCCGCCAAUCUCCCGCUUCGGUCGUCCUGAAGAGGUGGCUGCCGCCAUUGGAUUCCUUCUCGGUAAUGAGUCUAGUUACAUCUCAGGCGCAGCAAUCGUUGUUGAUGGCGGACUUAUUUGUUAA